CAGCCCGAGAGAGGGGAAGCAGCCGCGGCCGCGUAUAGAUCCACAGUCUUUCGAGCUGGACUCCCUCAAAUAGCCGUAAAGAUGAAGGCAGCAGAUGAGCCUGCCUACCUGACAGUGGGGACGGAUGUCAGUGCCAAGUACAGAGGAGCCUUCUGCGAGGCCAAGAUCAAGACCGUGAAGCGCAUGGUGAAGGUCAAGGUGACUCUAAAAGGUGAAAGCACGUCCCAGGUGGUGCAGGACGACCAGGUGAAAGGACCUCUGAGGGUGGGCUCCACUGUGGAGGUGAAGACCAACGAGGGUUUAUCCAGCGAGGCCGUCAUCAGUAAGCUGACAGACGCCAGUCUCUACACUGUGGUGUUUGAUGAUGGAGAUGAGAAGACUCUCCGUCGUACGUCUCUGUGUCUGAAGGGAGAGAGACAUUUUGCAGAGAGUGAGACUUUGGACCAGCUGCCGUUGACAAACCCGGAGCAUUUCGGCACGCCGGUCAUGGGCAAGAAGUCAAACCGUGGUGGACGGCGUUCCUCCCAGGCUGUGGCUGAUGAGGAGAACGAGUCUUCGUCCAGUGAGGAUGAGGAGGAGGACAGGAGGAGGCUGAACGACGAGCUGCUGGGGAAGGUCUGCAGCAUCGAGGAUGAGGAGGAGCCCAGCAGCUGGUACCUGGCUCUGGUGGUGUCUCCGAGCUGUAACGAUGAGCUGGUGGUGAAGAAGGAUCAGUGUCUGGUCAGAUCGUUCAGCGACUCAAAGUUCCACACGGUGGCGAGGAGACACGUCCACGCCGUCAACUCCAUCAGCAUCGCCAGGUCCGAGUUCUCCAGCAGGAGAGGUUUUGAAGCAGCCCAGAUGUUCCUGAGGAGCAGGGAGGUUCCAGAUGUGUGGAAGAUGGACAUGAGUCAGAUCCUGGACUCGUCCUCCAGCGACGAUGAGGACGAUGAAGAGGAGAAGGAGAGUGACGAAGAGGAGGAGGACGAAGACGAGAAGAAAAAGAAGAAGCUCAUAAAGGAGGAGCCGGAGGAGGAGCCGGACCCGGAGGAGAGGGACCACUUCCUGCAGCAGCUCUACAAGUUCAUGGAGGACAGAGGGACUCCCAUCAACAAACCUCCAGUGUUGGGUUAUAAAGACCUGAACCUCUUCAAGCUCUUCAGACUGGUCUAUCACCUGGGAGGCUGCCACAAGAUCGAGUCGGGGACGGUGUGGAAGCAGGUCUACAUGGAUCUGGGGAUCCCUGUCUUGAACUCUGCUGCGUCCUAUAACGUUAAGACGGCCUACAGGAAGUACCUGUACGGGUUCGAGGAGUACUGCCGCUCCGCCUGCAUCACCUUCAGGACCAUCCAUCACAACAACCCCCGCCCUCCCACCACACUGGCCAGUCAGAAGACGGCAGGGGUGGAGCUCAAAGAGCCCUCCACGCCGCAGGUGAAGGCGGAGCCAGUCGAUGACAAGAGGGAAGAGGUGGAGUCGGAGAGUGAGAGCGAGAAGGAGGAGGUGAAGGAGAGACAGUCGUCACCGAGGGGGAGGAGGAGGUGUGUGGGGAGUCAGUUGAAGGUGGAGAGAGAGCCGUCCUCCAGACCAGAGAAAAGAGGAGGAGAGAACAGUGAGGAGCAGAGGGAAGUGAGGAGACGCAGCAACAGAAGAAUGGACGACUCGGAGAAAGGCUCCGAGGAAGAGGAGGAGGACGAAGAUGAUGAUGAGGAGGAGGAGGGAGAAAGGAGGAGAGGGGACAGGAGUGAGGAUGAGGAGGAUGGAGACUCUGUGACGGGGACGAAGGUGCGGGUGAAGUACGGCAAAGGAAAGACUCAGAAGAUCUACGAGGCUCACAUCAAGAAGACGGACAUAGACAACGGAGAACAGUUCUACCUGGUCCACUACUACGGCUGGAACGUCAGGUACGAUGAAUGGGUGAAGGCUGACAGGAUCAUCUGGCCCGCGGAGAAAGGAACAAAGAAGAGACAGAGGAAGAAGGUGAAGAACAAAGACGAUGUGGAGAAGGACCGAGAUGAAGAGAAGCCACCGGUGAAGCCGCCGGGAGCAAAGCGCGGUCGUCCUCAGAUCAGAACCACGCCCACCAGCUCAGCCGGACGCAGCGUCUCCAAAACACCCAGCAACGAGGGACGGUCCAACGGCAAGAGCAGCAGGACGGAGACAUCGUCCAACAUGGCCAACGGAGACAACACUCCUCGCAGGAGAACCAGGAGGACGUCGGGCAUGUACGACUCAGACAGAGCGUCCAUCGAUGAUUCUGGGAACUCGUCGGACGACAGCGAAUCAGAAGACCCGCCUGAUAAAAAGCCGUCGCCAUGGCGAGGGAGGACUGAAGCCCCACCCUGUCAGGAGGAGGAGGAGGAGGAGGAGGAACAGCAGGAGGAGGGGGAGGAGGAGGAGGAGGAGGAGGAGGUUAAGGAGGUGAAGGAGGAGAUGAUGAUGACGACGAUGACAACGACAAGUGAGGUUACUAACGUUGCAACGCCUGCUGACGACUCUGUUGCCACGGCAACAACAGGUCAGCCUCCUGCCGCUGAACUGCCAUGUCCCAGCAUGCCUCAGGAGAAAGUGGACAAGGUGCUGAGCCAGUCAGAGAAGGAGGAGGCGGAGCAGGGGGAGGAGCCUGCAGAAGAGGCCACGGUGGCACCGGUUCACCUGGACAAGGAGAACAAAACGUCUCUUGGACAGGAAGUUCUCGCCAAGAUGUCUCCCAGCAGGAAGUCUCCUCCCCCCGACAAGGUUAAUAAAAUGUCUCCUCCCCCCGCCGCCACAGACAAACUCAAAACGUCUCCUGAGAAGCAGCAGCAGGUGUCCUCCCCUCUACCUGCUGCAGAGGAGGAGGACAGGUGCACUCCUCUGUCCUCCCCCAGGGCCAAAGGUCGCAGGGCCAAUGUCAGGGAGGCAGGCUCUGAAACUCCUCCCAGAAUCCCCCUCUGUACUCCCAGCCCCACCACCAGCCCCUCCCACUCGACGGCGCUGUCGUCUCCUCCUCGCGGCGUCCUGAAGAGACAGGACGAGCCCAUGGUGGUCCUCUGCUGCCUCCCCACUGAGCACCUCCCCCCUGAAUGUCCCGCAGUGGACUCAGACACCGACUCCGCCACAGAGGAGGAGGAGGAGGCGGAGGAGGAGGCGGGGUUACCUGAGGAGAGGAGCAGCGUGGCGAUCAAACGUAAAGCAGCAGAGCAGAGAGCAGCAGACAAAAAGCUCCGCCCCGACAAGAGACAGGAGGAGGCCGCCUCCCCCAAAACUCCCGCCCCUACACCCAAGACAGCAGCCGGAGCUUCACCUAAACCCGUCCCCUCACCGCUCCGCUCAGAGAGGAGGAGUGAGGGGGUGGUGAAGACGGAGGACUGGCCCCGUCCAGCAGAGGAGGUGCAGAGGGAGGUGUCAGAGGAACGUCUGGCAGGUGGAGCCAUGAAGGAGCCAGAGGUGCGUGCUCAGACGCCUCCCCUCGCUCCAGAGGCCCCAGGCCCCUCCCCCGCUGAGGAGCUGGAGCCGCAGAUCGGCCCUGAGGCGCUGGUCUGCCACGAGGUGGACCUGGAUGACCCCGACGAGAAGGAGAAGCCCGUCUCCUCCUCAGAGCACCUCCUCCUGAUGAUGAGGGAGCAGCAACAAGCUCCACCCCCGCUGCCCCACCUUCUCCAUGCCUCCCUCCCUUCCCCCCACACCCCUCACCUCCCACAGACUCAGGUCAGGCCUUUCCUCCCGGCCGCCGCUCCCAGCUCCACCCCCUGCCCCGAGGAGCUCCACCCAGCCCGGAGCACCACCGAGGAGGAGAGAGGAGCAGCGAGGGGGGCGCAGGAGGGAGACUCCAGCCCAGGGUUUGAUGGCAGCGCCUCCUCCUCCACUACCUCCCUGCUGUCGCUGCAGGAGAACAAGGACAGAGGUCAGAAGAGGGUGAUGGACUGUAACUCCAGCCCGUCGGCCAAGAAACAGAAACGCAACCAGAAACGACCGAGCACGCCGGGGAAGGUGGAGAAGAACGGAGCAGGUCACAGCAGCGACAGUGAGGACCAGUCUCGUCUGUCGUCCCUGUCCAAGUCUCAGAAGUCUCGUUGUCCUGGUUUGUCGUCUCCGUCUCCCUCCCCUCAGCGCACGUACAAGUGGACCUUCCAGCUCGAUGAGUUGGACAGCAUGUCAAGCACAGAGAGGAUCUCCUUCCUGCAGGACAAGCUGCAGGAGAUCAGGAAGUACUACAUGACCCUGAAGUCAGAGGUCGCCUCCAUCGACAGACGCAGGAAGAGGCUAAAAAAGAAGGAGAGAGAAGUGUCGAACACAACGGCGUCGACCUCGUCAGGCUCCUCAGACACAGGUAUGAGUCCGUCCUCGGCCUCGCCCACUCAGAACACCGUUGCUGUGGAGUGCAGGUGAUGACACGCCCACCCAGGCCCCGCCCGCUCACUUCCUCCUGCUCAACCCCGCCCCCUUCGGCCACAGACUCCGCCUACUCAGCUAGCUCUGAGGGCACGACGGGGAUAAAUGUAAAAACCCUUCAGGUGAGAGUUCAACGACCGCAGCAGUGGCUGAUGGGAAUGCUGUCACUCCUUCAAAUAUGGCCGUGUGGGAGGGGAGGGAGUCUGCUCCCACCUGACUGCAGCUCCACCCCCUCACCUAUGGACUUAACUCCUGUUCAAGGAGACAAAUGUGACGGAAAAAUCAGCUCGCCGUCUGUUCAGCCACCACAGAGCACUUCUCUAUCGCCUUCCUUCUUUCCUUCCUUCCUUCCUUCCUUGGUGCGUCCUCAGUACUGCUCAGCAUCUCCGAAUUUCAAAAUAAUGUGACAAGAUAUUAUGGGGGGGGGUUAGAGUAUUCCUGCAGGGUAGAACAGAUUCCUGAAGCAGCACAGCUCAUUAUGCAAAUUAUUUUGUUUCUUUUUUUUUUUUUUAAGAAAACAGAAAAUAUUAUUUAAAGAAAAAAAAAAGUUUCCCAACUUCCUGCUGUGAGUGUCUCUGGUCUUUUUUAUAUGAAAUCAGAGCUUUUAUUUUGGUAAAAACAAACAAACAAAAAAUUCCAAAAAGUUUCUGACGUCACAGCGGGAGAGAAAACAAAAUGUCUUUUUUGUUUUUGUGUAAAAUAAUUAAAAUGAAGUUUUUGAUUUGUGUGAGU